AUGGGCGUCGACCAAUUGGUUGAAAGUAUAACACCGUAUACGCUGCGCCCAAUAUGGCGACAUACAUAUCUACCACCAUUCGCAUUUCAAACUCAUAGAAAUGUUACGAAUUUAGUGAUUACCGCGAUAUGGUCAUACGUUUGGGUGAAUGAUUAUGGCGUCGAAGAGUAUUAUGAGCUUGGAAUGAUUGGAUAUGCAAUCAUUUUUGUGUUAUUUGCUCUCUUACUCUUGUUUUGUCAUUGGCUCAUUGCCGUAAGAUGUGCGUUGACGUGUUCGAAGGAAAAGUAUUUGUCCAAAGCGACAUAUGUUUGCGUGGUUCCUACAACGAAUAAUGGUUGGCCUGAGCUUGUUCCGCUAAUGAGAACCAAAAGAGAUCAAAAAGUGAAACUUUGGUUCGAAUUCCAACGCGUCCAUUAUACGUGGAAUAGUGAAACUGGACAGUUUUCGACUGCAAUUUUAGACACUGCAAAACCAAUGGAAUUCUUCCAAAAAGCGCAUGGAUUCGAAACUGAUGAUCAAUUACAAGAUGCGAAAUAUCUGUUGGGAGAUAAUCGCACUGAAAUGGUUGUUCCGCAAUUUAUGGAUUUGUUCAUUGAACGAGCAACCGCUCCAUUCUUCGUCUUCCAAGUAUUCUGCGUCGGACUGUGGUGUCUCGAAGACAUGUGGUAUUAUUCACUUUUCACGUUGUUCAUGCUCAUGACAUUCGAGGCAACGCUUGUCAAGCAACAAAUGAAAAAUAUGUCGGAAAUCCGUAAUAUGGGAAACAAAAGCUAUGAAAUUAAUGUUUAUCGCAAUCGUAAAUGGAUCAAAAUCAAAACUGAGAAAUUAGUUCCCGGUGAUGUUGUUCUUAUUGGAAGAUCUUCCGAAGACCAGACAGUUCCUUGCGACCUUCUUCUUCUUCGUGGUCCAUGCAUUGUCGACGAAUCGAUGCUAACUGGAGAAAGUGUCCCACAAAUGAAGGAACCCAUCGAGGAUGUAGAAAAAGAUCGGAUUUUCGACAUCGACGCUGAUAGCAGACUUCAUGUGAUUUUCGGAGGAACUAAGAUUGUUCAAAACACCGCACCAGGAAAAGCCCCAGAUGGUCAGAUGAAAUCUCCAGACGGCAAUUGUGUCUGCUAUGUUCUCCGCACAGGGUUCAACACGAGUCAGGGAAAAUUGUUGAGAACCAUCAUGUUCGGCGUCAAACGAGUCACUGCGAACAACUUGGAGACAUUCUGCUUCAUCCUUUUCUUACUCGUCUUCGCCAUUGCCGCGGCUGCUUAUUUGUGGAUCAAUGGAAGUCGCGAUGAGAGCCGUAACAAAUAUAAGUUGUUCCUCGAAUGCACUCUCAUUUUGACAUCAGUCAUUCCUCCUGAGCUGCCCAUCGAAUUGUCGCUUGCUGUCAAUUCUUCACUGAUGGCACUUCAGAAGCUCGGAAUCUUUUGCACCGAACCGUUCAGAAUCCCAUUCGCUGGAAAAAUCGAUAUUUGCUGUUUCGAUAAAACUGGAACACUAACAACCGACAAUUUGGUCGUCGAAGGAGUCGCGCUGAAAAAUAACGAAGAGGGAAUGAUACGAUCGGCGGACAAAUUGCCCGUCGAAAGUCUUCAGGUGCUCGCGUCUUGUCACAGUCUCGUGCGAUUUGAUGAAGACCUCGUCGGAGAUCCACUUGAGAAGGCAUGCCUUUCGUGGUGCAAUUGGUCGCUGACUCGAGGUGAUUCUGUGAUGCCGCCAAAAUCGCAGAAGGGUAUUUCUGGAAUGAAAAUCUUCCAUCGAUUUCAUUUUUCGUCGGCGAUGAAGAGAAUGACCGUUGUCGCCGGAUAUCAAGCAUCUGCUGCCGCAGAAACUACCCUUGUUGUUGCCGUUAAAGGAGCUCCGGAAGUAUUGAAAAAUAUGUACGAGAGCAUUCCGGACGAUUACGACGAGACUUACAUGAAAUUGACGCGACAAGGAUCUCGUGUACUUGCGAUGGGAAUCAAGAAAUUGAGUGAAACGAGACCUGGCGAUAUUCGUGAUAAAAAGAGAGAAGAUCUGGAGAAUGGACUGUCGUUUGUUGGAUUUGUUGUGAUUUCGUGUCCUCUCAAAUCUGAUACAAAAGCAAUGAUAAAAGAAAUCAUCGAAAGUUCGCAUAAUGUUGUUAUGAUUACUGGCGACAAUCCGUUGACUGCUUGUCAUGUUGCUAAAGUGCUUAAAUUCACCAAGAAAUCGCUUCCAACUCUUGUAUUAGAUGAACCAACAGAUGGCGAAGAUUGGACGUGGAAAUCGGUUGAUGGAAGCAUUAAUUUCCCGCUGAAACCGAAGCAAAAUAAAAACGAAUUAGAGAACUUCUUCAAAUCUCAUGAGUUCUGUUUGACGGGAGCCUCGUUCCAACACUUGGUCCAUCAUGAGCACACAUUCCUCCGGCAGCUCAUCCUUUACGUUAAAGUUUUUGCGAGAAUGGCACCAAAACAAAAGGAACGGGUAAUCAACGAAAUGAAAUCGAUUGGCAAGGUAACACUAAUGUGUGGUGAUGGAACGAAUGAUGUUGGAGCUUUGAAACAUGCGAAUGUCGGUGUUGCUCUACUCUCGCAUCCAUAUGACGCGGAAAAGGAAAUUGAGAAGCAGAAGGAACGGCAACAGAAAAUUUCGGAAGCUCGGCAGUUGAUCGCUGUUGGAGCACGACCACCACAGCAAAUUCAGCAGCAGCAACAACAGCAACAGCAGCCAUUGAUAGGAAGACGUGACGGACCUCCUGGAGCACGUGCUAGACCAAAUCCUCCACCAGCGCUUACCGCUGCCCAAAAUCGUUUGGAUAAAUUGAUGAAGGAACUCGAAGAAGAGGAAAAAGCGCAAGUUAUCAAACUAGGAGACGCCUCAAUUGCCGCACCAUUUACUUCAAAAUACACGUCGAUUGCUUCGAUUUGUCAUGUUAUAAAGCAAGGUCGAUGCACAUUGGUUACGACUUUGCAAAUGUUCAAAAUCCUCGCUCUCAAUGCUCUCGUGUCGGCUUAUUCUCUGUCUGCUUUGUACCUGGAUGGGGUGAAAUUCAGCGAUACUCAAGCAACAGUGCAAGGUCUUCUAUUGGCGGCCUGCUUUUUGUUUAUUUCAAAAUCUAAGCCAUUGAAAACGCUGUCGAAACAACGACCGAUGGCGAAUAUCUUCAAUGCGUACACACUUCUCACCGUCACUUUGCAAUUCAUUGUGCAUUUCUCCUGCUUGUUAUAUAUCGUGGAUAUGGCACACAUAGCCGAACCGAGAGAGGGACCAAUCGAUUUAGAAGCGAAGUUCACUCCUAAUAUCCUCAACUCUACCGUUUACGUAAUUUCCAUGGCUCUUCAAGUGUGUACUUUUGCUGUAAAUUAUAGGGGGCGGCCAUUUAUGGAAUCGCUCUUUGAAAACAAAGCUAUGCUGUACAGCAUUAUGUUUUCGGGUUCUGCAGUUUUUAUGCUUGCUACUGGGGCUUCUGAAGACUUGAUGAAGCAGUUUGAGCUUGUAACUCUUCCGGAUGAACUUCGCAAUAAAUUAGUAAUGUGUGUUUCCUCGGACCUAAUCGCUUGUUAUUUCAUCGAUCGCAUCCUCAAUUACUUCCUUGGAGACAUGUUUUAG